CUAUUUUCAUCCCGAAAUAGGUUUGAUUGUACAAGAGAAUGUCGUUGAAAGAAUUUUCAAAUCUCAAGUAUAACACCGGAUUUGGUGGAGAAUUUGCUAGUGAAGAUCCAAGAUGCCCCGAAUCUCUUCCUAAAGGACAAGUUUGUAUUUUUACUCUUUUGAAAAAUAUAUUCAAGAUCAGACUGAUAAUUGGGAUAAAAAAAGGUUGUUAAUAGAUCAGGUGUCCUUCAUUUAGCAUGUACGAACGGCACGUACACAUUUCAUUGUGUUGCCGGUAUGGUACGUUCUCGUAUGGCUAUGCAAAGGUGACCUUGAUCCAUAAUUUCUGAUAAAGUUGUAUUGAUUGGUUAGGUUCAAGUCGACUGGCAGCAUCUGUAUAUAAAAAAUAGCCUUCUGUUUUUAUUUUGAUAUCAAUUCAAUGUUUAACAUUUAUAAAUACUGUCAAUACCAAGAAGAUUUACUUUUGUUUCUUUUUCAGAAUAAUCCUCAAAUAUGUCCUUACGGUCUCUAUGCCGAACAAUUAUCUGGGUCUGCUUUUACCGCCCCAAGAAGCUAUAAUGUCAGGACGUGGUUUUACAGAAUUAGACCUGCUGUUUGCCACAAGCCCUUUAGUAGAAUUGACCAGGGAAAUAUGUCCAACGACUUUUCGAGUACUGUACCCGAUCCUGCUCAGACACGUUGGAAACCGUUUGAUUUCCCCAAGAAGGGAGAGGAGAUCGACUUUGUUAACGGUUUAGCAACUAUUUGUGGAGCAGGAGACCCAAAAUCGAGACAUGGAAUAGCUAUUCACGUGUAUUCUUGCAAUAUCUCUAUGACGAACAAAGCCUUCUAUAAUUCUGACGGAGACUUUUUAAUAGUUCCGCAAGAAGGAUCUUUAUAUAUUAAAACAGAAAUGGGAAAAAUCGUUGUUAAUCCAAAUGAAAUUUGCGUUAUUCCAAUGGGAAUUAGAUUUAACGUAAGUGUUAGUGGAAAUACAAGAGGUUACAUACUUGAAGUAUUUGACGCUCACUUUGAACUACCAAGCUUAGGCCCAAUUGGUGCAAAUGGGUUAGCUAAUCCCAGGGAUUUUGAAUAUCCAACGGCUUGUUAUGAAGAUUUGGAUAUUAAUGGAUAUAAAGUCAUUAGUAAAUAUCAAGGAGCUUUUUUUGAGGCCCUGCAGGAUCACAGUCCCUUCGAUGUGGUCGCCUGGCAUGGUAAUUAUGCGCCGUAUAAGUACGACUUGUCCAAAUUUAUGGUAAUUAAUAGUGUGGCCUUUGAUCAUGCUGACCCUUCCAUAUUUACUGUUUUAACUUGUCAAAGUGUUAAACCUGGCGUUGCUAUUGCUGAUUUUGUCAUAUUCCCUCCUCGUUGGGGAGUUGCAGAUCACACCUUUAGACCACCUUACUACCACAGGAACUGCAUGAGUGAAUUUAUGGGAUUGAUAUUGGGAAAAUAUGAGGCCAAAGAAGGUGGAUUUUUACCAGGUGGUGCUAGUUUGCACAGCAUGAUGACUCCACAUGGACCCGAUUCUGAGUGCUUUAAUAAGGCUUCCACUGAAGAUCUAAAACCGGUGAGAGUAGCCGAUGGUACAAUGUCAUUUAUGUUUGAAUCGAGUUUGAGUAUGGCAAUAACUGAUUGGGGUGCUAAAAUAUGCGAAAAGGUUGACGAUGAAUAUUACAAAUGUUGGCAAGGAAUUGAAAAGAAAUUUAAUCCAAACUGGAGAGACGAAACAAAUGGUGAAUCAGGUCCUCCAACCAAAAAACGUCGUUAGAACUAUUAACAAAACAAUAAAGAAAUAAUCCUUGAAAUUGAAAUUAUUUUAUCUUAUUACAUGAUAUUUCCCUUGCACCUGCAAUAAUCAUCUAAAAACGUGUGUGUAUAUCUAUAUAUAUAUAUAUACAUAUGUAUAUGUAUGUAGACGUCCCAUAUUUACUAUAAUACGUAUUUGACGUCUUCUUAUGUGUACAUGUACCUUUUUUUUUCUUCUUUCUUUUAGCGGGAUUUUAAUUCUAUAAUUUCUUUUUAUUGUGUUUUUAUUCAAUUCAUAAUCUUCAGUUCUAUUAGAGUACAUAUCUAUUGAUAGAGUGUAUUUCAUUAACAAUAAAUAACUUUCAAUAUUUACUCUAUACCAAUAUCUUUGCUAAAUUUACAAUGCGAAUGAUGCUGUUAACUUCAUUAAUAAUGAAAAUAUACAAUUAUGAAGCACAAAAUAAAAAUAAAAAAAAUCAAAUAAACAAGCAUUCACUCUGCUAUCCAAACAAGCUAACAUUAAAAUAUUAAGGACACAGGAACUUUAUCUAUCGAUACUUUGAAGAUUUAAUGAACUAGAUAGAUAUUUUGCAUUAAAGAUAGUUCGACAUUUGGAGAAAUCUAUUAAUGUUUUACAAUAAAUUCAAUAUGAUAGGAGUAAUUAAAGUAUUGUUAUUUUCCUUGUUCAAACUCUUUGUGCUAUAAAAAAGUGUCCGUUAUUUUUAUUCUAAUAAAUUACUAGUACUGCUUAAUCAAUAACUAUAUAUAUA